AUGCGCGAAAAGGAACUGAUCAUUGAGGUAUUAGAUGACUGGGAUGUUCUGACACCAACUUGGUUUGAAGUGGCCGACUAUCUGAGCGUCAUCGAAGGACUUCAUGAGGAUGAACAUUUUAAACAGCGUUAUCUUGCUGCUCUUCUAGCUUCCAAGGUCGCUUUUUGUUUGGGAGACUAUAACGGUGCCUUGCAACUUGCUUUAGCCGCUGAAGAUAAGUUCCAGCUCACACCGCGGUCGCCUUCAAUUCUUGUUGGCUCACAAGAUGAGCAGUAUGUGAAUAAAAUAAUCGAACACGCACUGGACACAUAUAAACAAGCUAAACGUAAUGAAGAUGAAAUAGAUCCUCGCCUGGAAAAGCUCAUUAAUCGACUUUUUGAGAGAAACAUGAAAAGACGAGAAUUGAGAUAUGUAAUUGGACUUGCGCUGGAUACACGUAGAACGGAUAUGAUUUUAGUCGCUAUCAAGGCUACUGAUGAUCAAGCAGCUUUGCUAACCGAAACUGUGGCUAAAGUACUGGUGUCACAAAUGGACCGAGCUUUUCGAAGUAUAGUAUUGGACUUGCUACUUCGUUUGUUUGCUGAACUGGAGGAACCCGAUUUUGUCUCUAUGUGCCAAUGUUUGAUCAAACUUGAAAAACCAGAUGAUGUUGCCGAUAUCCUGCAACGAUUGGUUUCUAAUAAGGUGUCUGUAAAAUCAGUUUAUUUGAUGAACUCUUUACUGCCAACUCGCUAUUGGAAUCGUGAUCUGCCUUAG